AUGGCCCCAGAUACAGCUCGUCCAGCGAGAUACCAUGCCGUCCUGAUCGGCAUCGACGACUAUCCCCAGUCGCCCUUGAAAAGCUGCGUGCGAGAUGUUGAGAUAGUAGCCAGGGCCAUCGAGAACACAAUCGACCCUUCCAGGCUCCAAUGCUAUAUAUACGCGGCUGGCAGACAGCUAGACGAGAAGACGGCAAAAUCAGACAAUCUGCGCGUUGUCCAGCGACCGACGCUCCACAACAUUAUAGAAUGUCUGAAGAACAUCCCGCAUGAUGCUGAACCGGGGGACUUUGUCUACAUCCAUUUCUCCGGCCAUGGGACACGAAUGAACCCUAAAUUCGAUUACUCGAACCAACAGACUGGGGACCUGGCCCUUGUACUUCUUGCCAGCGGAGAGAGCUCAGAAACCGACCUUAAAGGCCCAAGGCUGGCCGGGCUGAUCAAGAAAAUGAUCGAGAAGGAACUUGUCAUCACUGUCGUGCUCGACUGCUGUUUUUCGGGCAGCGUCUACCGUGAAAGUGUCAAUGUGGACGAAGGCGGCGACAUCCGCUAUCUCCCAUCUCGGCACCAACCGACCCAAUCCGCAAAACAGGAUGAUGAUGUCGACUUGUCAAGUAACAACGCUCCUUCCAAGGGUUCUCUACGCAGCGCAUCAAUGAACGACAACUGGCUGUUGAGGCCCGAUAAGUACACCAUUCUCGCUGCUUGUGGGCCAUUGGAAAAGGCGAAAGGCGCCGCCAUCACUGAAAUCGGCGACAAGCAAGUACGCAACGGAGCAUUAUCGUACCUACUCGUUCAGGCCUUGGAGAAAUUCGGCUUGAGCAUGAGGCACAAGGAUAUUUUUCGAUACUUGGCCGCGCAGUUCUGGGAACUGGGCCGCCGACAGAACCCGGUCCUUUACGGUAACGACGACCAGGCAUUCUUUGGACCACCUCAACCAGAGUGGGCAUCACGACUCAUCGGUCUUGCGAUACAUGAGGGUAGCUUGCGGCUGCUUGCUGGACGUGCCCACGGCGUUCGCGAUGGUGAUAGUGUUGGCCUGUACACUCUCGAGGCCAUAAAAGGACAGGGCAUGGUCGAAACCAUUGUGCGAGUGCUUGAUAGCCGUCCUCUGACUUCUGUGCUGGAUACAUCCUCUACCACGGCUGAAUUGCGCGCAUUUCUAGCCGCGCGACUCAUGACUUCUUCGACACUUUCCCAGCUCCACAUCAGUUGGGCGGGCAGUGCUGGUCCAGAGGUCGAGUUGAAGGCAGCACUCCUGUCUCGGUCUCUUUCCAUGCACAAGAAUGAUCGAGAAGCGAAGCCCAACUUCGCAAUAGCACAAGACCUAGAAGGAAAGUACUCAAUCACCCAUGGCGAGAACGAGAAUUUGUUGCCCAAUCUUCAAUACCGUCUGACCAGAGCCGAUGACGUUUGUGAUGUGCUGGAACAUCUUGCUCGGUUCCAGAUGGUGGAACAGUUGCGCAGGGAGACGGAAAGUGCAUUAAACUUCAGGGUUUGGCUGAAAGUUGGAGAUGAGUUGAUCCCCCCAUUCAAGCCGAUCGAGGUACGUGACGACGACUCCAUUGAGCUACAAAUCAAGAACACUGGUGACAUCAAGCUCUAUGUCUAUGUGCUGUAUCUCGGGGCUACAUGGGAGGUGCAGUGCCUCCACAAGGCAACACACGCGGUGAUAUACCCAAGGGAAAGUUCGCAAUCCAACAUAAACACGAAGAAAAAAAGCACAGUCUCGAAGAAGAUUCGAAUGAAUGUGCCCAUGGCGCUUCGGAAGCAGCGGCGCAUCAAAGACACAAUCAAGGUGUUCAUAACCAAUCAGUCAACAAAUUUUAAAUGCCUCGAGCUUUCAAGACUAGACGAGCUUAUGGGGAAGUUUUCUCAUAAGCACAAUCAAACGGACGAUGGCGUGCUGCGGGAUCUGUCGAGGUCGCCACCUAUCGAUGACGAUGAGGAUUGGGUCGGGCUGAACUUUCCGAUUUAUACGACCUGUGGAGACCCGUAG